GAUCCGGGGUUACCCGGAGCGUCCCCUGCGCCCAUGGCCUGCCCGGACUCCCCCGCUUCCGGCGGGUCCCCCUGCCUGGUCCGAGCGCGAUGCGCGUGGCUGGGGACCGCGCUGCUGCUGCUCGCCGACUGGACGCUGCUCCGGCCAGCGCUGCCCAAGCUCGGCUCGCUGCUGGUGCCCAGCGCGCUGCCGCUGCUGCGGCUGUGGACGGCGGGUCUGAGCCGCGGGGCUGCGCUGUGGCUGGGAGCAUGCUGCGUCCUCAGGGUCGGUGCCCAGAGCCCGAGCGCAGGAGCCCCGGGCUGGCUGGCGGCUCUGCAGCCCCUGGCGGGGGCGCUGGGCCUGGCCCUGCCCGGACUCGCCUCGUUCCGCGCGCUGCGCUCCUGGGGAGCCGCCGGGGACCCGGACAGCAACAGGCUCCUGCACUGGGGGACUCGCCUGGACGCCUUCGCCCUCUGCUACGCCGCCGCCCUGCCCGCCGCCGCCCUGUGGCAUCAACUCGGGAGCCUCUGGGCACCCGCUGGGCGCGGGGGGUCUGGAGACAAGGUGCGCCGGCUUCUAGGCUGUUUGGGCUCUGAGACCCGCCGCCUCCCGUUCGUUCUGACCUUCUUGGUACUCUCCUGUCUCGGAGAGAUGGCCAUUCCCUUCUUUACCGGCCGCCUCACCGACUGGAUCCUACAAGAUGGCUCAGGCACGGCCUUCACCCGAAACUUGACCCUCAUGUCCGUUCUCACCAUUGCCAGUGCGGUGCUGGAAUUCAUGGGAGAUGGCAUCUACAACAGCACCAUGGGCCGCGCUCACAGCCACCUGCAGGGAGAGGUGUUCCGGGCAGUCCUGCGCCAGGAGACAGAGUUUUUCCAGCAGAACCAAACAGGUGCCAUCACAUCUCGGGUGACAGAGGAUACAUCCACCGUGAGUGAGUCUCUGACGGACAAGCUGAACUUACUGAUGUGGUACCUGGUGCGGGGGCUGUGUCUCCUGGGGCUCAUGCUCUGGGGGUCACUGUCUCUCACCAUGGUCACCCUGCUGGCCCUGCCCCUGCUCUUCAUUCCACCGAAGAAACUGGGGAAAUGGCAGCAGCACAUGGCUGCACAGGUGCAGGAAUCUCUGGCAGAGUCCAGCCAGGUGGCCCUUGAGGCGCUCUCUGCCAUGCCUACAGUUAGAACCUUUGCCAAUGAAGAGGGCGAGGCCCAGAAGUAUAGACAAAAGCUACAUGAUAUGAAGACCCUCAAUCACAAGGAGGCUGUGGCCUAUGCGGUGAACCUCUGGACCACCAGUAUCUCAGGGAUGCUGCUUAAGGUGGGAAUCCUGUACAUUGGCGGGCAGUUAGUGACCAGUGGGUCUGUCAGCAGCGGGAGCCUGGUCACAUUUGUUCUCUAUCAGAAAGAGUUCACCACAGCAGUGGAGGUACUGCUCUCCACGUAUCCCAGUGUGCAGAAGGCCCUGGGCUCCUCAGAGAAAAUAUUUGAAUACUUGGACCGGAUCCCUCACUGCCCAGCCAGCGGUACGCUGACAUCUGUAAACCUGGAGGGCUGCGUCCAGUUCCAAGAUGUCUCUUUUGCCUACCCAAACCGUCCCGAUGUCCCAGUGCUUCAGGGGCUGACAUUCACCCUGCACCCUGGUAAGGUGACUGCACUGGUGGGGCCCAAUGGAUCUGGGAAGAGCACAGUGGCUGCGCUGCUGCAGAAUCUGUACCAGCCCACAACUGGCCAGGUGCUGCUGGAUGGGGAGCCCCUUCCCCAGUAUGAGCACCGCUACCUGCACACAAUGGUAGCUGCGGUGGGCCAAGAACCACAGCUGUUCGGAAGAAGCUUUCAAGAAAAUAUUGCCUAUGGCCUGCUUCAGAAGCCAACUAUGGAAGAGAUCACAGCUGCGGCCAUGGAGUCCGGAGCCCACAAAUUCAUCUCCAAAUUGCCUCAGGGCUAUGAUGCAGAGGUAGGCGAGGCUGGGAGCCAGCUGUCAGGUGGUCAGCGACAGUCAGUGGCCUUGGCUCGAGCAUUGAUCCGGAAACCCUGUGUUCUCAUUCUGGAUGAUGCCACCAGCGCCCUGGAUGCAGACAGCCAGUCAAGGGUGGAGAAGAUCCUGUAUGAGAGCCCAGAGCGGGCCUCCCGGGCAGUGCUGCUCAUCACCCAGCGUCUCAGCUCAGUGGAGCAGGCAGAUCACAUCCUCUUUUUGGAAGGAGGCAUCAUCUGUGAGGAGGGAACCCACCAGCAGCUCAUGGAAAAACAGGGUCGCUACUGGACCAUGCUGCAGGCCCCUAGUGGCACAGGUGUCCCGGAAUGAAGGACUUCGGAGACCCUAUUUGUGGUGGAUAGUCUGGAAGUGUGACUAUUCCCUGAGCUGGAAUAGGGGGGUCCCCCAGGAGAAGUUACAUCCUAAAGCUGAUGCCUGAACUGCCGACCUCUCCAAGCUCCUGCCCACAACACAGAGUUCUUGAGAAACAGGGGUUGAACUCCUUAGAACAUACAGAAAGGGAAGAUUACUUACUUCCCAAAUGCGACCAAAGGUAUACACUGUCUUAUGUAUUGUUGAUAUUUAUAA